AUGGCCAGUAAUAAUCCAUACAUAGUUGUGCUUGUUUAUUCCAAUCUUCGUAUGAGAAAUGGCAACAACGGGGUGACAUUUGAGUGUGAGGAUCCGAUAUUAUUUCGCACUCAGCGUGUGGAGACGUUGUCGGAUUUGAAGAGUUUGAUAUUGAGCAAGCUCGGUGGUACACAAACAAGGAAAAUCGAAAGGGUGACGUAUAGGUUGCUGGCACCUAUGGGUAAUGGAGCUUUCCGCAGAGGUGGGACACAGUGGUGGUGGGAGUUUCGUACACUCGACCUAUGUACAGGACGACCGCCCCUCGCACCACCGCCCAUUCAUGUCGCCAUUCUAGUGAAUGAGGCAGGGGAGGGUGAGGAGGAGUUGGACGAGGAUUACGUGGCGGACACUGCGGACGACGACUUGUCCGAUAGUGGGGAUGAGGAUGAGUGUGUUUCGGAGACACCUGUUCAAACUGUGGUGUGCCAUGUCUUGCCUCCACCUCACCCAAUUCUGGCGCUAUCGGCAGUGCCAUCUCACUAUCACAGUCUGGAUCUGGACGCCAUGCAUGAGAGGACUCUAUUUCUUGACACGGGUGAAGAGGAUUACAACCUAGAUGGCGGUGUAGAGUUUCACGUCGGCCACAAGUUUAGAAGCCGAGAGGCAGUGCUUCAGGGUGUGAAGAACUACAAUAUUCGGAGGAGUGCGGAGUACCGGGUUAUCGAAUCGGACCGGUUAAAGUACCACGUGCAGUGUCGUCAAGCUGAGAAUGGGUGUCAAUGGAGCCUCCGUGUGGCCCUUCGGCAGAACCUCAGAUAUUGGUAA